ACAGAAGCAUCAGACAGCAUAACCUAAUGAUGGAAGAAUUUGAAGAUGGUGAAGCUCCUUCUGGAGAGGAGCUGAUACAAUGCAACACCUGUAAAAGAUGUUUCUUCCCUAAAGUCCUGGGGAAACAUUCUAAGAUCUGCCAGAAGUCCGCCGCUAAAAGGAGGAAGGUUUUUGACUCAGGUCGACAGAGAGCUGAGGGAACAGACAUCCCCACGCUUAAACCCAUCAAACCAAAGUCACAAAGUUCAACUUCUUCAGGAAAAGCAGAACCCCCGAAGAAGCAGUCCAACUGGCGCAAGAAGCAUGAGGACUUCAUCGCUACCAUCCGGGCUGCCAAGGGAAUCGAUCAGGUCUUGAAGGAUGGAGGACCUUUACCCCCGCCUCCCCCUGCUACUUAUGACCCAGACUAUGUGCAGUGCCCUUUCUGUCAGCGGAGGUUCAACGAGGGUGCAGCUGACAGACACAUGAAGUUCUGCCAGGAGCAGGCGGCCCGUAUGCCUACCAAGGGCAACAAGUUAGGAGAAGUGAAGAAGCCUGCUGCUCGCACACCGACCAAGCCUUCAGCUCCGGUGAAGAAGGUGGCCUCUCCUGCUAUGUCCUCCAUCCCCUCAGCCUCCUCUCGUUUACCCCAGAGGUCAGGCAUCGGACAGCCCUCUGGGAUCUCUUCUAGUAAGAUCGCUUCUGCAGGUUCAUUGAGGACUAAUCCCUCAGGCUUGACAAGCCCUCCGUUAGGUGUUGGAAGCAAGACCCGGGGAGUGAGCUCUGGCUACGGCCCGGCGAGGAACACUCAGUCUGGAAUAGCACUCAACAAGAAGAAAGUAGACAACUUCAUAUCCAGGAAUGACAACGACGGCAGUGACGAAAUCGACAACGGUGGAGUGAAGAGCAAGUUCUGUCGUUCCUGUGGGACCAAGUACCCUGUUGAAUCAGCCAAAUUCUGCUGCGAGUGUGGGCUCAGGAGGAUGUGUAUUUGAUGCAGGUCAGAGGAAGGAGAAACUAGACGUAUGGUGAUGCACCGGGACUCAAACUAACAUCAGAAUUUCACCAAAACGUAUCCGUCUGUAUUUUCACGCUCGGGUGUCAUUUCACGACAGCAAUGUGGUGUGAUCAGCAGAAUGUCCAACGCUGCUGUGUUUUCUUUUCCACCUGCUUCAUAUCUUCAUGGAUUUUGCUGGUCUAUUCCUCUAUUCUCAAUCUAUCAGUCCUGCUGAAUAUAUUCAAUUUCUGAUUAGUACACAUUUACUUUUUCCAAAAAAAGUAUGAUCAUCAUAAUCUACAAUAAAGUUGAUUGUAGGCUGAUGGAUUUAAAACUGAACUUGUAUACAGUUAUGUUAUGGUUCAUGAUAUCAGCAGCUUUUGAGAGGAACAAAACAUAUCUGUAAAAAAUCUCAGUAUGAAUUGGUAAUAAACCUUAAUUUGAUUCUCUUUGGACAAUUAUAAAGGGUUUAGCAACCUAUAAAGAGGAGUAAUUUCAGGACAAAGCACGAGUAAGUAGAGAACAGACGAGUAAGAGAUCAAAUUGAAGAGGCAGGUUGUAAAAUGUAAUCUGAGUCAUUUGGAGGUGUUAUUUCCCUGGUUUCUCUAUCCCCAUUCAGCCGUGAUCUGAAAUGCACUCCUUAAUCCCAUUUGUCAUCGCUUCCUCAAAAACUGUUCCAAUUGAAGUGCAAUAUGAUUGACUACUGAGGAAAACAACGUGGUUAUUCUAAAAGUAAGUGUGUUGUAAUUUUGGAUCACCUUGUCCAAAAAGGAGGUCACUUUACAGGCCCCGCUUGUUUCAGCUAUCUUUAGAUCAGCAUUGUACGCCUGACGUCUCUAAACAUAAGUAGCAAAAGUAUUUUAUUCCCCCUCAUUUUAUACAAUUUAUUUAUUUUCUUUUUCCAUUUCGCUUUUACUGAAUGACUGAAUCUUUUUUGUUAAUGUCAUACGGAAUUAAAAUGUGUUUUUGGAUUGAAAUGAAACCUUGGGUUGUGUUCCAGUUACAAUGUCCUACUUUUGAGUCAGUAUUCAGUGCAUUAAGGUAUUGAGGGUCAAAUGCUCUUUGACCCCUCUCCUUGAUAUUGCCGCACAUUGACAGGUAGGGAAAGGCACAGUGACCAAGUAUGAUACUCUUUAAUUCCUUUGAGAACUAAGAAGGUUGCAAUUGUCAAUAAGCCAUUAAACGUAAUUAUAUUAUGUUACAUGAAUGACAUGUCUGACAGGUGUGUUUCCUGUACUGAUCGUUAGCCUGGUUACAGUUGUGCACUUGACGGCAUGUAUUUCCACCAUCAAUAAAAUGUCUAUGAAGACA